GCAAGUUGAGAAAGGCGACCCACAACCAUUGCCCAGUCUCCCGGUCGAAGUCUGGCUCAUAAUCCUCCAAAUGGCUCUUCGUCCAAGCAUUGUGGUUGAUGCCGAAUUCGAACCAUUCGAAAUCGACCUAGUGCGUACAUAUCUUGACAGGACCUCUAGAAGAAGCGAGAGGGCAGCUCAGGAGAUUGUCUCAAGAAACAAACGCGCUUUAAGAGCAGUUUGCCGCUCAUGGAAAAAAUUGGUAGACACUAUCGAAGCUAUGUGGGCUUGGGAUGUCACGUGUUGUGAGGAUGCACCUCCUGUUAUCACUGACCCGUAUCGAUGCCCGAGACUGAACCAGUACCACCAACUUCCCCUUGGUGCUCAAAUCAACGGCGGAUAUACGUACCCAGUCUCUACCCUCAUGAUGGAGAUCAACUUUCAUGACUAUCACCAUCUUGGUCCAAUACAUAUGACAUCCUUAAAAGAGGUCGUAUCAUUCCCUAAUCACUUAAGAGUGCUCAUUCUUCAGCUCGAGUGUUGCAAGGCCUCUGGGGAUGUUCUGAGAGAUAUAGAAGUGAUGCGCAUACCUUUGACAACACUGGGAUUGCGCAUAGACUCGAUUGAUAUCUUUCAAACAUCGUUAGAGAUUCCAACAUUGAUCAGUCUAUUUGUAAUGACUCCAGAGUAUAAUACACGGAACUGGAGGGAG